GAAUUCUAUAAGAAAUCCUGCACAAUAAAAGCUUUAAGUGGUUUUGUGUUUUUUGGUGCAAUAUUUCAGCACGAGAGGCAGAAGAAAGCUUCUGGGGUGACAUGAAAUGACAUCCAUGGGUCUCCACAAAUGUUGGAAAAUUACACGGGCCAUGGUCUCUUUCAUCAUCUUCCUAAGUUUCCUCGAAGAGUCUAAAGCCUGUGAGUAUGACCAUGCAUCUCUAGAAGCCUUUGUUCGUGACAGAGCAAACCAAGAAAUAGCAAAAGCUCGUGCAGGUACCUUGUACGAUAUCCCUCUUCCUUCGAACUUCUCUGGCAUGAAUUUCUCAGUUCUUAGAGUUCGAAGUGGUUCUUUAAGGCGAAGAGGAGCGAACUAUAGCAGCUACAAUCUCCCACCAUUGAUAAAACUUGAGCCUUACGUCAAGAGAAUAGCCAUUAUAUUUGAAAACUUUGGAAACUGGUCAUCUCGUUACUACCAUGUUCCCAAUCACACCAUUGUAGCUCCAGUUCUUGGUUUGUUGGCUUAUAAUACUUCAGAGACAGCAUUAGUACUAAGUAGAAGGUUAAAUUUGAGCAUCCGAGAAGAAACUCCAAUCAAAGUUCGAUUUUUUCGAAGUUGGGUUCAUGGGAACAACGAAGAAAAACCAGUUUGUGCAAAGUUGGGUGAUGAUGGCAGGUUGGUUGAAUUGAAGGAGAUGAGAGAACCAUUUGUGUGUGACACACAGAGUGAGGGGCACUACACACUAGUGGUUCCCGUGCUGGAAGAAGCUAAGAACAAGGAUGCGAGGCAGAGGUAUCAUAAUAGGACAAGGUGGGCGGCACUAAUAGGAAUUGGAAGUGGUUUGAUUGUGUUGUUGCUUGUGAUUUGUGUUUUUGUGGUAAUUAAGUUGUUGAAGAGGAGGAAGUUGAAAACAAUGGAGGAAACGGCGGAAAAAGGUGAGAUUAUUGGUGAAUUCUGGGUUGGACUGAGUAAAAUGCCUUCUGCUUCGAUGGUUAGAACCCAGCCAGCACUUGAGAAUUGA